UUUCGGAGUCCAGGCCGGGUUUUCAAAAGCAUUAAGACGGAAGUAACGGCGGGCCGGAAGUUCCAGGGCCUGCACUGGGACCAAGUCGGGAGGGGGUAGGAGGAAGACUCGGGGUAGGAAUGGCGGCUCAAAUUCCAAUUGUGGCCACCACUUCCACUCCGGGGAUAGCCCGGAACAGCAAGAAGAGGCCGGCCAGUCCUUUCCACAACGGCAGCAGCGCCGGGGGCUAUACCGCCAGUAAGAAGAAAAAAGUGUCCGCCUCUGGCUUUGCGCAGGGUAUCAGCAUGGAAGGCGUGAGUGAGAAUAAAAUGGUGCCCUCCGAUUUUAGCACAGGACCUCUUGAAAAAGCUGCCAAACCUUUGCCAUUUAAGGAUCCCAACUUUGUGCACUCUGGCCACGGUGGCGCAGCGGCUGGCAAGAAGAAUAGAACCUGGAAGAACCUGAAACAGAUUCUGGCUUCUGAAAGGGCACUGCCAUGGCAACUGAAUGAUCCUAACUACUUCAGUAUUGAUGCUCCUCCGUCCUUUAAACCAGCUAAGAAGUAUUCUGAUGUUUCAGGUCUUCUUGCCAGCUACACUGACCCCCAGAGCAAGCUGCGCUUCAGCACCAUCGAGGAGUUUUCCUACAUUCGGCGGCUGCCGUCCGACGUGGUCACGGGCUACCUGGCCCUGAGGAAGGCCACGAGCAUCGUUCCCUGAGCCCGGAGAAACGGAGCAUGAAGUGGAAAACUGUCUCAAAGGCAGACUUUGGACUCAAGAUUUUGUUUUAUGGAAACAAACUCAUUCUGUCAAUCUGGAAAUGUCAGUGUUGGGCCUUGGAAAGCAUGUUUGGCUUUAAUUUAAGGAGGUUUUUGUGUUUUCCCUCCAAGUGUGAUAUAUCCUGUUGAAUUAAAUUAUACUUCAGUUGUUGCCCCAAGUGAAGUUGUUUGACAAGAAAAUAUAAAAUUGUGCUUUUAAUUUAACCCAAGUAAGUCCUCAAACUUUUGCUUCAAAGCUGUGGACUCUUGUAACAUGUUUAAAGACUCGACAGUGGGUCCUGACAAUGAGGCUGAAUUAUUCCUGAUCCCGGGGACUCCCUCUCUGAGCAUGUUCCAAUUUGUCCCUGAUCGGAAUGCUUGGAGGAGGUCCAGAAUUGGGGCUGGAGAAGAGAGAACUGAGGAGCUCACCCUGUCACACUGGGUCAGUCCUCGUUCUAGGCCUUGGCCUCUGAAUCAGCCUCUCUUUCCUUCCCGGCCUCCAGAACCGAGAGAGAUACAUCUGUUAGUUAAGCCACUGAGUGGUCUGUGGCAUUUACAGCAGCCUGAGCUGACUAAACCAGCAGCCCUGGCCCCUUUCUGGAGGUGUGGGGUACGACCAUCGUCACCCCUCCCAAGCAGGAUGUUUGUCCUGGUACAGGAUGCUGUCUGCUCCAGAACAGGGCCUGCCUCUGAGAAGAGGAGGCGCUCAUGGGCCAGGAGAAGGAGACGGUACUGCAAGCUUCCCUGAGCCUCAUUCCCAAAGGUCUCUGGGGGGCGACAGUGGAACCAGACCCUGGGGCUUCUGGGCCAGAGCUGCCUGUGCUUUGGGUGGCUUAGGCCCCCAGGUGCCUUUGCUUUCUGAGGGAGGGAGAGCCCCUCCUGCAGGAGGGAGAGCCCCUCCUGCACCCCUCUGGGCACAGAGAAAGGAAAAACAGCUGAGAGUCAGCUGGGGGCAGCCUGCUGGGCGGGGGGCAGCUGCCGGGAACUUGGCUUUUCCUUUCCUCCGGGUGGGCGCAGCAGCCCCUGUGUCAUUCAGCCCCUUCCCAGCUGGUGGGGAGAGUGGGAGGGGUGUGGUAUGGCUUCUCCCUCCGCCACGGAAAGGGACUGAGGUGAUGGCCAGGAGAGCGAGGACCUUCUCUAAGCCCGUGAGCACUGAAGCACUGGAGCCUGCAGCGCGGGGUCCUCAAGCCUCAGCGCUAACAGAACCACCUGAGGCCCCGCUGUAACACAGACAGGGGCCCGUCUCCCAAGGGUCUGAUCCAGAGAUUGGGGGUGGGGCCUGAGACUCUGCAUUUCUAACAAAUGAUUCUGAUGUUGCUGGCCCCAGAAACCGUACUUUGAAACCCACUGCUGACACGGAAGUUCUCUGCAGGACCAGAGGCUGCUUCCUGGGUUCUCGCUCCUGCGUCCCCUGCCUGCACUGAGCCUAGGAAACCCCCAUGGGGCACGUAAGUCAAGGGCCCUUCUUGCCUUGCUUCCACCUUCUAUGACACAAAGAACACGUGGGGCAGGUGCACCUCUCUUCCGUGAAGACCCCCCGUUUGGACCAUGCCCCACGAUCCUGAGCAUUUCUAGAAAUGGAAAUUCUAAUCAUUUCUAACACUGCUUGCUGGCCGCUACCUCAGUCCUGAUUUCAGACUCCCCUGGGCCAGGGCCAGGAGGACAAAGGAUCCCUGCCUGGCACACGGCCACCGGGGGUUCCCACAGACCCCUGCAGGCCUCUCAGGGUUUGAGGGGGGUGGGUGUGCACCAGAGCCCUCCGUCAGAGUCACCUGGGACCUGUUAAAAUGCAGAUUACUGGGCCACACCCUACACCUAAUCAAUGCAGGGAGUGGGGCCCAGGCAUCUGCAUUUGACAAGUAUCCCAGCGUGCCUGUGACGCACAGGAGGUUGAGACCACUGCCUUCCGCAGGCAGAGGGGAAGCACGUGUGCUGGACACCUGGCUCCCUUCUUUCCUUUUCCCCUGCCAGGCCUUCCUUGCCAGCCCUUAUUUUGGCCAGAGAGCUGAGUUCUGAAGGUCAGGUCACUUCUCUCACCCCAAGCAACAGGGAUCCAGGCUGAGCCAAGCUAAGCUUCGAGCUGUGAGCAGCUCCAAGGAGUCCUCCCACAGGUUCUGAACAGGCAGGUAAUUUGGUGCUGAAACAGCCCUCGCUGUGCAUGCCUGGUCCAGUGGUUCUCAGCCCCGCUGUACGUCAGCAUCACCUCUGCAGGGAGACAGAGGGGUGUAGAGGGAGGUGUCAAAAUACACAGGGAUUCGGACUCAACUGGCCUGAGCUGGGAGGGGGCGGUGGUGUGCUGCCGGGCAUAGUGUUUCUUAAACUCCCCAGAUGAUGGUGAUGUGCAGCCAGUGUUGAGACCCUUGUUGCAACUACAAAGAGAAUAUUUCCCGUGGGGUAUGGGGUAUGUUUUCUUUUCUUUUUUUUUUUUGCGGUACACGGGCCUCUCACUGUUGUGGCCUCACCUGUUGCAGAGCACAGGCUCCGGACGCGCAGGCUCAGCGGCCAUGGCUCACGGGCCCAGCCUCUCCGCAGCAUGUGGGAUCUUCCCGGACUGGGGCACGAACCCGUAUCCCCUGCAUCAGCAGGCAGACUCUCAACCACUGCGCCACCGGGGAAGCCCAGGGGGCUCUGUUCCUGCCUGACCUCACUUCCUGUCUGGAUGUUUUCAGUGUCCUCUUAGGUGCUCUUUCCAACAGUCUGACCCCCACCCCUCUGCUUUCCCCUCUGCUGUCAGAGGGCCUUUCCACAACUUUGGAUGAACUUGACUUUGCCCAUCACGGCACAUCCACUGGUGAUUUGUCUGAGAUACCUUGUCGUUUCUGGCACUGACCUGUAGUAUCCAAAGGAUGAACUUGGUCCUUUAGAAGGGAAAACAUUUGAAAAACCAGAUUGUUUUCUUAAGACGAAACUGAGGUCCAAUCUGCUCUGAGUGGAGUUUGGCUCUUUCCCAAUAUCUGAUACUUGUCUUUAAUAGGAAGAAAGCAAUCUACUAUUGGGAACAGUUUAGAACUAACUACCUGUAAUGUUGGACAAAUGCUUUCGAGAGCUGAGGGCAGUCUGUGUGGAUGAGAAGGACCCAUUUUGUCCCCAUCUCCCAAGUUAAAGCACGCAUCCAUCUGGAUUUUGAAUGUGUUUUGUAAUUGCGCUAAAAGUAUUUUCAAUGAGAAAUGUCUCACUUCUGAAUCCAUGGCCAUCAUAAAGCAAUACCAGAUACUUGGUGCUGUUUCCAGCGACCUAUAACUGUGAGUUGGGAAUGCUUAACUUAGCAAAAACAAAAGGUAAGGAAAGAAACUGCUUGAGUACAGAGUAAAGAAACCAGAGCAAAGAGGACAGAUACCUUGGGAAGAGACUGAAAAUGAUGUCCUCUUGCAAAUGCAUGAAAUGAUUAGUGAUAUUUAAAAUAAUGUUCUAUCUGGUAGGAAUGUGCAAGCCUUAUUUGGAUCCUGAUUCAAACAAAAAGAAAUUAAAACAUUUUUGAAACAAUUGGAAAUUUGAUAUUUGAUGAUAUUUAGGAACUCUUAUGAAUACUUUUAGUUGUGAUAAUGGUCUUGUCAUGUUAAAAGAAAGGAUUCAUAUCUUUUAGAAACACAUACGGAAAUAUUUAUGGAUGGAAUGAUGUGUUAUCUGGGAUUUGCUUCAGGAUAAUAUGGGAAAGAGGAAGUUGGUGUGAGUAGUGCUGAAACAAGAUUGGCCAGUAACUGUUGAAGCUGAGUGAUGGGUACACAGAGGUUCAUUACACUAUUCUACUUUCAUAGGUGUUUGAAUUUCUUCAUAAUAAAAAGGUUUUUUUUAGAGUA